CGUGCGACUUCUAUCCAUUUUCCCUCCCUCUUUCGUCACCCCAACUCUUCUUGCGCUCCAGAGUCCCUUCCCGUCCAUCUGAAUGAAACAUAAGUACCAGAGAUGCCAAUCUCAGCUCUAACAUCUCUCACCCAUGGAGGCUGCCGCUACUACCACCACCGCAGCCCGUCCACUACCACGCCGUCUCUUCCCCUUUCUAAAUUCUCUUCCCUCACCUUGAGGUGCAAUUUCCUCUCCAAAACCCCGCUUAUUUCCCAUCCAGCGGCGACCCAAUUCCGUCUCCCCACCAUCUCCCCGGGAAACAAGAGAUUGGGUCUCUCAGUCGUCGCUAUGAGCUUCGACGCCGGCGUGGGCGUGAUGGGGACCAAGCUCGGUAUGAUGAGUUUCUUCGAGCCCGACGGCGUGGUGGUGCCGGUCACGGUGGUCGGGUUCCGGGAAGGCAACAUUGUGACCCAGAUUAAGACUGAUUCGACCGACGGGUAUGAUGCGGUUCAGGUGGGUUAUCGCAGGGUUAGGGAUAGGAAACUAACCAAACCUGAGAUGGGUCAUUUGGAGAAGGCAGGGGUUAUACCCAUGAGGCACUUGCAGGAGUUUAGGCUGCAGAGUAUUGAUGGGUUUGAAGUUGGGCAGAAGUUGGCUUUCGAGGAGCUUUUUAAGGAAGGGGAUUUCGUUGAUGUCUCUGGAAUCACCAUUGGCAAAGGGUUUCAAGGUGGUAUUAAGAGGCACAACUUCAAGAGAGGACUGAUGACUCAUGGUUCCAAGAGUCAUAGAGCUCUGGGAUCCAUUGGUGCCGGAACUACACCAGGUCGAGUGUACAAAGGCAAGAAGAUGCCUGGAAGGAUGGGUGGAACCAAGACCAAGAUCAGAAAGCUCAAGGUGGUUAAAGUUGACAACGAUCUCGGGGUAGUGAUGAUCAAAGGUGCUCUCCCGGGUAAGCCUGGCAAUCUUCUGCGCUUCGCUCCUGCUAAGAUAGUUGGGAAGAACAUACCCAAGAACUAACCAACAAUCACUCUCUCUGGUGUCUCUCAACUGUAGUUGUCAGCGAUUUUUGUAUCAUAUAAACACCAUCAAUGUGUUUUAACAAUGUUCAUCCUAGGCAUUCUUCAGGUAGACGGUCGCUGCCUACGUCUGUCAAUGCCCAUGGCAAAUGCAAAAUUGCAUAUGAAUAUAUGAUGUUGUAGUUCUUGUGUGUGUCUGCAAUCAGUAGAUUAAGGGUUAGCAUGUUACGAUAUGAUGUUGUAGUUCUUAUGUGGGUCUGCAAUCAGUAGAUUAUGUGUGUUUUAUCAAUAUCACUUUAUUCACAAUUUUUUUUUUUUUUUUGUGUUCAUUCACGCCAUUUUGUGCGUAUUCACUUAAUAUUAUGUUUAUUCACGUAAGAAUCUGAGUUAUUCACGUAAAUGAAAAUUCAAACUUCCCCCCUAAUAAUCUGUAUUGUCUAUAUUUUAUGGAAUCUGUAUUGUCUAUAUUUUAUGGAAUUAAAUUUGAAUUCUCAA